AUGAGAGGUAAUAUUCGUUCAAAGAAACUUCCUAGGAUUCUGAUUGUUUCGCGUAAGAGAACGCGUAAAUUUACCAACGAAGGUGCAAUAGCAAAGAUGGCUAAGAGCUUGGGGUAUGAAGUGAUUGUAGAAGAGCCUGGUGUGACUAAGGAUGCAACGCGGUUCGCGCAAAUGGUAAAUUCAUGUGAUGUGAUGAUGGGAGUUCAUGGGGCAGGAUUAACUAACUUAGUUUUACUACCUCCUAAUGCGGUAUUUAUUCAGAUCAUACCUUGGGGAGGAUUGGAAUGGGUUUGUGGGGUUUCUUUUGAAGAACCAGCAAAGGAUAUGAAGUUGAAGUACUUGGAUUAUAAGAUUACUGAAAAUGAGAGUUCUUUGAUUCAGCAAUAUCCACUUGAUCAUGCUGUUUUUAAGGAUCAUGUUUCGGUUAGAAAACAAGGUUGGCAUGCACUUAGGUCUGUAUAUUUAGAUAACCAAGAUGUAAAUACUGAUGUGAAGAGAUUCAGACCUACUUUGUUAAAAGCACUUGAGCUUCUCCAUAUGUAG